GGGAUUUCUCCUAAAUUUAUGAGUAUAUACAUUCAAGUUGUGGAAGACUAUACUUUUGUUUCUCUUAAAAUUAUGUGUAUAUGUGUGUAAUAACCGCAUAUAUGUAAGAAAAACGAUAAUAUAAAAAAUUUAAUUUGAAGAAAUUAUGUAUCGAAGCGCCAAUUUAUAGACGAAAGAAAGAAAUACUCCAGCUUGUUAGUGAGAGAUAAACGAAACAGGGUGCUUUUAUCUCUUGUUGGAAGAAGUUGUCGAAGUAACAGGGACUCUAAACAUUUUAUCAAAAUGUUUAAGAACAGAAAUUCAGCAGAUUCUUUAAAUUCUACUAAUACGAGAUCUCCCAGAGAACGUAAAAGUUGCCUGAAGCGUGCCUUGCAGCAGACACGGGUUUUAGAGGAAGUGAUCAAUGAUUCUACAAUAAAUAAAUUGGAUGAGGCCAUAAACGAAGUUGACCAUGUCAAUUAUGAAACAAGUAUACAAGAAAAAGUAUCUAAUCAACAGGAGGUGCUUAUUGAUUCACAAAUGAUGAUGUCAUCUUCCAAAGUUUUAAAAACCUGUACUAUCUCAUUGACGAAAAGAAUGCGUGAUUAUGAUCAUAUAGACUUUUCACAAAAAUUGAUAAAAAAUUUGCAAGUAACAUCAGAAGAAUCACAAUCUCCAAAUUGGUCACUUUUAGAAAGACGGGUGACAAAAUUGUUUAAAAGGGUUGCCAAUAGCAGCACAUUAUUAGGUACAUUGGAUCCUUUAGAGAAGAAGACAAUAGUUAGAAAAAAACCUGAACAAAGAAUGGCAUCGCAAGCUACAAUGACAGUACCUGAUAAAGUAGUGUCACAAGCAAAUACAAAAGAUGAAGACAGUGUAGAACGUACUGUAAGGAAGAUUAAAAAGUUAAUCACAUGUUAUUGCAAGGAAGCAGGGAAACCUGUCGAUUUUUUUGAACUAAUUCUGCAUCCCCAUGAUUUCGGAAAAACUAUUAGAAAUAUGUUAUACAUAUCAUUCCUUGUAAAAGAUGGGGUAGUGAAAUUAAAAAAAGAUCAUAGAAGCCUUGUUGUGGAACCAUGUCGCAAGGAAGUAAAUUCACAAGAGAAACAAUCUGGCAACAGAAUGGGUAUUCAGAAUGUUACAUCAUUAAACAUGAAACAAUGGACAAUUUUAAAAAAUGCAUACAGAUUGGAGAGACCAAUGAUAGAUUUUGACGAAGGAAAAUAAUUAUAUUAAUACACUUUCUUAUUAAUACAAAAAAAAAAGUAUAUUCUUAUUAUAAUUUCAAUUUAUGG